GGAACCUCUGUGUUAAGCUCCAAAUACAGUUUUAAAGCAAAACAAAACUCAAAAGUCUGGAGAUCAAUACAUCAGCUGAUCCUCAAUCUCACGGAUUAAUUGUGUUAAAAGGCUUUGUGAAGAUGAGUGGUGAAAAGUUUGGAUUUUUGAUCUGGGUUUCAUUUAUUUCUUGCUUACCCUGCCUCUGCCAUGGAUAUGUACCGGUAGAUAAUUACCUUAUCAACUGUGGAUCAACCAACAAUGUCACUGUAUCUGGUCGUGUGUUCAUCUCUGACAAACUUGCCUCAAACCUCCUAAACUCUCCCAGUGAAAUCUUGGCUGCAAGUAACCGGAACUCAGUUUCGGAUAUCUACCAGACGGCGAGAAUCUUCACAGGAAUCUCUAUCUACAGAUUCUCCAUCGCUAAAGGCCCACACUGGGUUCGUCUCCAUUUCAGUCCUUUUCAUUACCAAACCUUCCAAAUGUUGUCAGCCAAAUUCUCAGUCUCGUCGCAAACACAUGUCUUCUUGAGUGACUUCACUGUGAAGUCACGAGUUAUUAAGGAAUAUUAUCUAAACGUAGCCACGGAUCACCUCGAGCUCACGUUUACUCCCUCUACUAACUCCUUCGCGUUUGUGAACGCACUAGAGGUUGUCUCCGUUCCUGAUACAUUGAUCAACGGUGUUGCAGGCAGUCACGGACAAGCUCUCGAGACGGUUCAUAGAGUCAACAUGGGUGGUCCACGUGUAACACCUAAUAACGAUACUCUUUCGAGGAUCUGGGAGACAGAUUCAGAGUUUCUAGUAGAGAAGAAUCUAGUUAAGAAUGUUUCUAAGAUUCCGAGUGUUGAUUAUAAACCAGGUUUUGCAACAGAGGAAACUGCUCCAAGAACUGUAUACGGUACUUGCAACGAGAUGAACUCUGGUGCUAAUCCGAAUAGCAAUUUCAAUGUGACGUGGGAGUUUGAUGUCGAAACCGGUUUUCGUUACUUUCUCCGGUUUCAUUUCUGUGAUAUUGUGAGCAAGUCUUUAAACCAGCUUUACUUUAAUUUAUACGUUGACUCGAUGAUGGUUGUCAGGGAUCUUGAUUUAAGCGUUUAUCUAAACUCUUUAGCCGCUGCAUACGUGAUGGAUUAUGUGAUGGAAUCAGCAAAAGAGAAUGAUAAAAUUAUCCGUGUGAGUAUUGGUCCAUCGAGUUUACGUGGGGCUUACCCUGAUGGGAUUAUGAAUGGGUUAGAGAUUAUGAAGAUGAAUAACUCUAAAGGUCAGCUUAGUACAGGGACAUUUCUUUUGCCUGGUGGUUCAACCAAGAAGAAGAAGAAGAAUGUUGGUGUGGUUGUUGGUGCAAUCGUUGGUUCUUUACUUGCUUUAGUGGUUCUUGGAGGUUUCUUUAUACUGUUCAAGAAACGAAGACGAGGUAAUCACUCAAAGACUUGGACUCCUUUGUCUACAGGCUCAAGUGGAGGAGCUACUGUUGCAAGUAUAACUUCUAACUCAAGCUACCGAAUCCCUCUUGCUGCGGUUAAAGAAGCAACAAACAGCUUCGACGAGAACCGUGCCAUUGGAGUCGGAGGUUUUGGUAAAGUGUACAGAGGAGUGCUACAAGAUGGGACGCAAGUAGCUGUUAAAAGAGGUAACCCUAAGUCUCAGCAAGGGUUUGCAGAGUUCAAGACAGAGAUCGAAAUGUUGUCUCAGUUCCGACAUCGACAUUUGGUUUCUCUAAUCGGUUACUGCGACGAGAACAGCGAGAUGAUUCUUGUUUAUGAGUACAUGAAGAACGGGACGUUGAAGAGUCACCUCUACGGUUCUGGUUUACCUAGCUUGAGUUGGAAGCAACGUCUUGAGAUAUGUAUUGGAUCAGCUAGAGGGUUACAUUAUCUCCAUACCGGUGACUCCAAAUCUGUGAUCCAUAGAGAUGUUAAAUCAGCAAACAUAUUGUUAGAUGAGAAUCUAAUGGCGAAAGUUGCGGAUUUCGGAUUGUCUAAGACCGGACCGGAGAUAGACCAGACACAUGUGAGUACCGCGGUUAAAGGAAGUUUCGGUUAUCUCGACCCUGAGUAUUUUAGAAGACAACAGCUCACAGAGAAGUCAGAUGUUUACUCAUUCGGAGUCGUUAUGUUCGAGGUUCUAUGCGCGAGACCCGUUAUAGACCCAACGCUUCCUAGGGAGAUGGUGAAUCUUGCGGAGUGGGCGAUGAAAUGGCAGAAGAAAGGACAGCUUGAACAGGUUAUUGAUCAGUCGUUGCGUGGUAAGAUUAUCCCUGAUUCGCUAAGGAAGUUUGGUGAAACAGGGGAGAAGUGUUUAGCUGAUUAUGGAGUUGAUAGGCCAUCGAUGGGAGAUGUGUUGUGGAAUCUUGAGUAUGCUUUGCAGCUUCAAGAAGCUGGUGUUGAUUGUGAUCAAGAAGAUGAUAAUAGUACCAACAUGAUCGGUGAGUUACCGUUACGGUUUAAUGAUUAUAACAACCAUGGAGACACGAGUGUUAGUGUUGCUGUAGUUGCGAGAGAGAGACGGUUUGGAGAAGAAGAAGAGUCGUGUGGUGAUGAUCUUUCAGGUGUUUCCAUGAGUAAAGUCUUCUCACAGCUCGUGAAAUCUGAGGGGCGAUGAAUGAUGAUAGUCUUAUGUACAUGAUUAACGAGAUUAGAGUGUUGUUUUAAUUUUGUGCACAAAAAAU